GCUGUUUACAAAUUUUUGAAAUAUGAUAUGAAAUUAUGGAAUCAUAUGUCUUAGAUGUUGGUGGCAGAAAGAAAGGUAUUCUUCUACAAAACAAGUCAUUUGUACCAUUAUCUGGACCCAUAUUUUCAAUUUGUAAUAUAUUUCACGGUAAAGCCAUAAAUUUUGUUCAUGCUGCAUGGAAUAAACUAGAUUCACAAAUUGUUGCUGGAGACAGUCUAGGAAAUAUAUAUCUGCUUUAUCUUCAGAAAAAUAGGUUCUCCUGGCUGUGUAAUUUAAAGCAUUGCAGUUCUUAUUUGACUUUUACUAGUGAUAAAUCUCAAGAUAUAUUAGUUGCUCUCUCUGACUGCACAAUUGUGUCCAUAAAUUCAGAUCUAAAAUUAGUGAAGAGCGAAUUUAAUCAUCAUACAUCUUGUGUGAUUCAUAUAUCUUUUAAUAAAACUGGACAAACAGUUUUAUCCUGCUCCAAAGAUCAGACAAUCUUGUGGGACUUGGACACUUUCCAAAUUCAGCGAGUGUUACAUUUAAAAAGAAAUGUUGACAUAAUAAAGGUGUUUUUUCUGUCCAAGAAAGAUGUCAUAGUGUCUGCUUUCAAUGAUAAUUCAGUGUUCCUGUGGAAUUUUGAAACAUUCGGCUGUAUUAAUCAAUUUGUAUGUGCAUCUGAAGACAGCUACUUAAACAUUAAAACCAUUGAUGCUUCAGGAGAUGAGAAACUGCUUGCUUGUGCUGGGAGAUCCAAUUGGUUUCUUGUGUGGGAUAUUGAAGAAGGCAAACAGCUGAGCACUAUUCUACUGCCUGAUAAUGUAUCUUCGGUCAAACAAACAUGUUUUCUUCCAUCAUCUAUUCAUUCAGCUGACAUAUAUAUACUCGCCAUUUUGAGUUCAGAAGGUGAAGUGCUAUUGUAUGAUGUUAAAAACGUUGAAUUAUUACACAAAAUUGUUUCAGCUAAUGGUAAAAUAAUGUCUCUUUCUACCGCAUAUAAUUUUCUUCAAAUUCUCACUGUGUCUUUGCAAGGAAGUUUAGACUUAUAUGAUGUGGAAGAUUAUAUUCUUAUCAAAAAUCAGGUAAAAGACAUUCCUAAAGUUAAAUCAUCUCCAGUGCAUAAAGCUGUUAGAUCUGUACAGAUGAAGGAAGUCAAGACAAAAAAAGUUAUUGAUGUCGAUGAGAAAGGUCUGAGAACUAUUCUAAAAAAUUUUGGAGAAUAUCCAGAGAAACAUAGAUUUUUCAUUUGGUCACAAUUACUAAAACUCCCUCGCAAUGAAGAAGCCUUCAAAAUACUUCAUCAAGAUUCAUUCCAGGUUAAAUCUUUUGUGAAAGAUUAUUCAUUUAUGAACCCAGGUGUUCAAAAGACUUUUUUAAGAUUGAUGUCUAUGCUUGCAUGUUGGCUUCCAGUAAUACAAGAGAUGGACUACAUACAGUGUUUAGUUUUCCCUUUCAUAAAAGUCCUUCAUAAGAAUGCAGUUUUAUGCUUUGAAAUUUUGAUCACAUUGAUUAGUAACUGGUGCCAGAACUGGUUUCUUUUCUGUCCAUUUCCCCCUUUUAAUAUAUUAUCUGCUGUUGAAAAUAUAAUUUCUUUUCAUGAUCCACAACUACUUAUACAUUUUUGGAAAAAUGACAUAUCUUCUGAGGUUUAUGCGUGGUCUCUUCUUAAAACAUCCUUUUCAGAAGUUUUUAACAAAAAUGAGUGGUUUAAGUUAUGGGAUAAUCUAUUUACUAAUCCUCCAUGUUUUUAUCUGUAUGCUGUUGCAGCUUUUAGUAUUACAAUACGAUCUGCACUUUUCCAAUGCAAGCGUUUAGAAGAAUUUAAAAAUUGUUAUCGAAAACAUGGCAUAUCAGCUGCAAUGCUCUUAAAGAAGGCUUAUGAGCUACAGAAUAAAUCACCUAAAACUGUUAAUCCGGAAGCAGUUUGUGGAACGUUUUCGCCGAUCCCAAAAGAUUUAUAUCCAUCUUUCUUUCAAAUGUGUCGUAUGAAAAUUGAUCUAGAGACUUUAGAAAAGAAAAAAAUAAUAGAUCAAGAAAUCGACUUUUUAAAACAGAGGGAAGAUGCUUUAGAAAUUAAAAGUAAUUAUUUAAAGGAAUUGCAGAAACUACAAAUGAUGCGAAGAGAUUUGAUGUUAGAUUCAAUGGAAUUUCAGGAUGCUGAUGCUUUAGAAACCUUAAAUAAAAAACUACUGAAAAUUCAGAGUUUAAUUCAAGAAAAUUUAACCAAUCAGAUGGGCAUGUUGAAGGAGGCUAUUGGAGAAGAAAUACUGUUUGAAGAUGCUAAGGACUCCAAGAAACAGUAUUUUGAAUUUCAAGAUUAUAUUAAGAAUUGUGACACAUAUUCAUCAAUCUCUGGUUUGUGUCUCAUUUAUGAACAAGCUUAA